CAACGAACUAUAUAUAAAGCUGAACGCUGCACUCUUCCCACCCUCUCCCAGCUCCAAUCUUUCCUCACCCCACCCAAAUAGAUCAUAUUAUACCUUAAAAAUGAAGAGAGGAGUUAUCUUUAACACGUUCUUUGCAUUGUUGACUGGUUUGGCCAGUCUCGUGUCCGCUGAGGUUCCCAGCUUGAACGAGGAUUCGUUGAAUGAGUUGGUUAAGACCGAGCCCUUGGUUAUGGUGAAAUUCUUCGCUCCCUGGUGUGGUCACUGCAAGAAUUUGGCUCCUGAGUACGAGGCUGCCGCUGAACAGUUGAAAGAAGAGGACAUCGAACUUGUCGAGGUCGAUUGCACCCAAGAGGCCGAGUUCUGUCAGAAGAGCGGUGUUCGUGGAUACCCCACUCUCCAAGUUUACCACAACGGUGAGAACGUUGGCACGUACAGUGGUGCCCGUAAGCAAGAUGCUAUUGUCAAAUACAUGCAGAAGCUUCUUUUGCCCGCCGUCACCCCUGUCACGAACGAAAACGUGAAGGAUUUCAUUAGCCAGGACCAGUUCACCGUUGUUGGACUCUUCGACGACGACAAGAAGAACGAGACUUUCACGAACCUUGCUGAGAAGCUCCGUGAUGACUAUGCUUUCGGUGCUUCCAGUGAUGCCAAGGUUGCUAAGGCCUUGAACGUCACCAUUCCCGCCAUCGUCGCCUUCAACAACCUUGAGGAUGGCGAGGCUUUCGUCUACAGCGCUAAGGAGUGGAACGACGAUGACAUUGUCAAGCACUUGGUCAGCUCUCGCAUUCUUCUGAUUGAUGAGCUUCAACAAUCCAACUAUGCUACUUACAUGCAAGACGGCAAGCCCAUGGGUAUCGUCUUCUACGAGUCCCCCGAGUCUCGUGAGGAGCUUGUUGCUCUCUUCAAGCCUUUGGCCAAGACGUACAAGGAGAACACCAACAUUGUGUUCUUGGACGCCAACCGUUACGGCGGUUUUGCCGAGAAGCUUAACUUGGAGCAAAAGUGGCCUGCCUUUGCUAUCCACGAUGUUCAGCAACAGCAAAAGUAUCCCUUUGAAAGCACUGAUUUGACCAACGAGUCUGUCGGCGAAUUCCUUGAGAAGUUCGCCAAGGGUGAGCUCACUCCUUCCAUCAAAUCCGAGCCUAUUCCUGAGGAGCAAGACAACUUGUAUGUUGUUGUCGCCAACUCCUUCAAUGAUGUCGUUCUUGACACCACUAAGGAUGUUCUCAUCGAGUUCUAUGCUCCCUGGUGCGGCUACUGCAAGAAGUUGGCUCCUACUUACGAGGAGCUCGCCGACCAAUACGCUGGUGAGGACCGUGUUGUUAUUGCCAAGAUUGAUGCUACUGCGAAUGACGUUCCUGUCCAGAUUUCUGGAUUCCCCACCAUCAUGCUCUUUAAGGCCGACGACAAGGAGAAUCCCGUCCGUUACGAGGGUUCUCGUACUUUGGAGGACCUUGUCGAGUUCGUCAAGACGAACGGUGCUUUCGAGGCUGCCCCCGUUCCCAUUGAGAAGGAGGAGGAAGCCGCCGAAUCUGCCGAGACUGCCGAAACCGCUGAAACUGCUGCUAAGGUCGAAGAAGAGGUGAAGGAGCAAAAGGGAGAGGAGGAUGUUGAGGAUGAAUUGUAAUGAACUCGGCUGAUGACUUGUCUUGCUUUUCUUAUGCGAGACCUACCCACCCCAUUCAUACCUAUAUAUAGGCCCGUCUUGAUGAUCAUUCUUUAUACGCUAAGAGAGGUAACUGUGUCUCUAUGACUGUUCCCCCCGACAACGUGCCCCAUUCAUGGGUGACUAUAGCUGACUAUGGUUGGAUAGUUUCUUAAUACUCUGUACGAAUAACAAACCAACA